AUGACUAGCAUUCAUAAGGAAAGGCAUGAGGCGAUCAUGGCUCGGUCGUCGCGUUUCCCUGGGUUAAUCAUCUUCGAUGACACCUCAGCUGGAUCUGUCAGACAGAAAGUAUCCCUCGAUUCGCGUACCUCCAACGUCAAAUUUCCCAUGGUCGUCGCCCUCCAGAAUACCGCCAUCGCCCAUUCGAUUCAAAUAGACAAAGUCGUAAGCGUAGCCCGGAAGAUCUUCGCGCACCGUUUUGGUCACUUCGUCGCAUCCAUGUCCUCCAUAGCUCCCUCCCGCUUGCAGAAUCAACGCCAAAUGCUCCUGCUUGUCCGCAAAUUUGACGAGAACAAGAACGAUCCGGUUGCUUCACUCGUCCGGAGAGUCAACGCCGCCCUCGACAGGUUCAAGCCGACUUGGCUUAGCAACUGUCAUGGUUGCGCUGAUGAAGAAGAACUCGGUGGUGUAUUUCUCUGUCAGAUGAUAUUGCUUUCGCAACCCUUAAAGACACUCUCAUGGUUGCGAGACUAA